AUGAUCACAUCAAGACAUCGCUCAUCGCUGGAUGUACUCAAGAGGUCGGCGAAGGCGUGCAACAGAUGUCGGAAGAGACGAACCAAGUGCAUCGGGGAUCCGCCUUAUCCGUGCAUUGCUUGUAGUGACUCGGGACAUGUCUGCGUUUACACAGAAUCCGAGAAGAGGGUCACAGUGACCGAGAGCUACCUCCUCGAGCUCCAGGCUCAAGCGCGAAGGGGAAACACGAGCCGCGAUGCCGUCGCCGACAUGACAGACGCGUCCAGUCAGGACAUCGAGCUGGGGUUCACCGGCACUGAUAACUGGGUCCUCGGGAGUUCUGGGCAAUAUCACUUUAUGGGCAACUCCUCAUCGACGUACAUCGCCAACAGGCUGAACCCAACGGCCGAGACGCUGGCAUGGCACAAAUAUCCCCAUCAUGAGGAUACCGCCUGGCUCCGGCGCUCAAACAGCCCUGAGAUACCACCGCUGCCGCCCUUUGAGACUGCGGAGCGACUGUACCGGGCGCAGCAUGCCUACAUCGGCACGAUAUUCGCCUUCCUCAGCGAUGCCGCCUUCCAUGAGCGGCUUGAGCAGGUGUAUGCCCGAGCUCCGGACCCCAAAGAUCGCGAGGAGCGUCUUAUUUACUGUCAAAUCCUGCUCGUCUUAGCAUUUGGGCAGAUGUACUCGAUCAAUCAGUGGGUUGGCAAGCAAGGGCCUCCCGGGUUUGACUACUUCAAACAUGCGCUCGAUUUUCUGCCGAAUUUGUACGAAGAAGGCUCCAUACUCUUUAUCGAGGUGUUGAGCUAUGUGGCGUACUUUAUGCAGACCAUCAAUAGGAGAGAUGCCGCCUACAUAAUGAUUGGUAUUGCAUUGAGGAUGGCCAUUUCGCUUGGGCUGCACCAGGAGGUCUCGGAUCAGGAUAUUGAUAGCGACACUAGGGAGCACAGAAGACGUGUCUGGUGGUCUACAUACAGCAUGGAGAGGCUGCUCUGCGUCACCUCGGGUCAUCCACUAUCCAUUCAAGACGAGGACAUUGACCUUCUUCUCCCAAGCCCAAUGGCUGGUGAGGAUGAGUACACCUCCUCUGUCCUCAAAUCCUACACGGAGCUAUCGCAGAUUCAAGGCAUCAUCGGAGAAAAGAUCUAUCGGAAGAAGCAAAAGUCUGGCCUCGACUUAUCGGCCUGUGUGCAGCACAUUAUGAAGAGGCUGUCGUCCUGGUUUGACCAGCUCCCGUCGGCCAUGCGUUCAAAUCCCCCGGACUCAGGGGCCCCGCCGAGCCGAGAAGUUGUUUCGACCUACCUCCACUAUCACCACUGCAUCAACAUGACGGCCCGUCCCAUUCUUCUGUACGCGGUGCAGAGGCAACUAGCCCCCAGUACGCAGAACCCCAGCAUGGCUCGGUGGGAAGACGGUUUGUCACCAGACAUCGUCCAUGUCAUUGACAGAGCGAUAUCCGCCGCGAGGUCCAGUGCUUCGAUCCUCAGCGCUGCUGCCAGGUACAACCUUGUCGCAACAUAUGGUUUCAUAGACGGGGAGCAGGCCUUCUCGGCUGCCUUACUCCUGGUAAUGGUCAACAUUGCCUUUCCGUACAAGGAAGUGGAUGCUUCUGCGAUGGAUAUGGCCCUCGAUGUGUUGCAGAUGAUGGCUGAGAAAGGAAACGCCUACAUCAGGGCCUGCCACUCUCUGCUGACCAAGAUCCGAAGCACCAUCAAGCCCAAGGAUCCGUCGAAGGCGGGAAACGCGGAUGAGGUUAGCCAAGCACAGGUGCUUGAGUCGAGCUCAAUUCUGCCAGGGCUGGCUCAAGAUGAGAACCAGCCAUUUAGCCUGGAGUUUGAAGGGGAUCCCGCGUUGUGGGCCGAAGUCCUUGAGUCGAUUGACAUUGAUAUGGAUAGGCAAUGGGUUGAGACGGCAUUGCGGAGGGGGCAGCAGUUAGACACGUGA